AUGUUAUUGUCUGCCAUCUGCAGUAUUAAAGGAAAACUUUGUUUUCGUGCACUGAAAUCCAUUAUACUAAAUUAGGCGUUAUGUGUAUGUGUGCAUUACUCAAGCAGUGCAGUGUUGUGUGUGACAGAUUUUCUAAUAAUAUCACAACAUAAUUUACAUAGCCCUCUACAGCAUCUCAAGAAUCUCAAUAGGCGAAUAGUUUAUUAUCGUCUGCAUUUUGCGUUUAUUGUUCCUCCCUUUUGUUGUUAAGUGUAUGAAAUAUAUCGAUCUACAAAUGUGUUUGCGAUAGAGCAAAAGAUGACAUAUGUUCAAUGAGAUGGAAACAAACUUAAGAAAUCUUUUGAGCUUCUGCGAAUGAAAAUGUAGUUUUCUUAUUGGGUCGAAACAGAAAACAUCUCAUCAUGAUUCACACCAAUACUUAAAUACAAUGGGAGAAGUAAAUAAUUCACAAAUGUAGUGUACUAGCUGAAAGUUGUUUAUUUGUUGAAUAUUCAUGCUCUGAACUGAGUACGAGGGCAACCACAGCGUGAAAUCAAUCCCACCGUGAAAUGCCUUUGCAACAAAUAAGUGUUUCUCCACUGGAUUGGGUUAAAGAUGCUGGACACACUGGAAGACAAAAUCGCGAUUGGAAAGUUCAGGAACCUGUUUUUACUACAUCAAGUCCAAAUCCACCUGAAAGAUGUUCUUCUCAUGCUUCAAGUCUCUCUAACAAUCAUGACAUUUGCAGAAUUUGCCACUGUGAAGGAGACAGCGAAGUUCCACUCAUUGCUCCCUGCUACUGUGCUGGGUCAUUGCGAUAUGUUCACCAAGCUUGCCUCCAGCAAUGGAUCAAAUCAUCAGACAUCCGUAGCUGUGAACUUUGCAAGUUUCAGUUUAUCAUGCAGAGCAAGAUCAAGCCUUUCAGUGAGUGGGAAAUGCUGGAAAUGUCAGGAGUGGAAAGGAGAAAAUUAUUGUGCUCUGUCACAUUCCAUGCUGUAGCAUUGACAUGUGUCGUAUGGUCACUAUAUGUGCUGAUUGACCGUACAGCCGAAGAGGUGGGGCGAGGAUCCCUGGAAUGGCCUUUUUGGACAAAGCUGGUUGUUGUGGCUAUUGGUUUUACAGGUGGCCUCGUUUUCAUGUACAUCCAGUGUAAGGCAUACGCACACCUCUGUCGUCGUUGGCGUGCCUUCAAUAGAGUUAUAUUUGUACAGAAUGCACCGGAGAAAAUGCCUUCUGGACCUGUGCAGUAUACUGCACCACCCUUGGCCCGUGAGGAGUCUCUCUUCCUUUCGGAGGCAUCUCACGUCUUAAUGGAAGAUGCUGUGUCAACAAACCAGGUCGGAGCUGAAAGGACUGAGCUCAGCAGUCCCAGCAGCAGUUGCCAUGUUACAUCACCUGCAGAAGCAUUAGGUGCUCCAGAGGAGGCUGUCUCCCUUUGUGAAAUUAGCCGUCUGCUUCAGGUGGAAGAUGCUUCAGAGGAUCCUGGACGAUCUACAGCAACACCAGCUGUAGCAUCCCUUAGUGCCAGCAGCAGUGAGGAAUCAUUCCCUUCACCAUCGACACAACUUCUGAAGAUGCCGGUGUCUCCAGAGCGAGCAGCGCGGGGAAGGACAGCUACCGGUCCACAGGGUCGAUCACUUGGCUCACAGUCUCCACUCCUUCAUGACGAUGGCAGUGGUGCCAGUGGAUGCCAGUGAAGACUGCCAGUGCUAGUCUAACAAAAUUUCAUAUCCAGUAACAAGUCACUUAUGUGAGUUAAUUCUUUUAAAGAAACUGUGGAAGUGUCCUCUGAAUUUCUUUUGUGUGCAUCACAGCAAUGUGUCAAAAAAAAAUUACGAAGUCCUCCAGGCCAGUGUAUAAGCAGGAGACAUUGGUGUAACUGAUUUGCCUUUUUAAAUCGUGCCUGAGUCGUAUUAUAUAUAAUUAUUGUCUGUUGUUAAUUGUUUGUAGUCCGCAGUACUCCUCUUUAAAUUUUCAGAAAUUUGUAUCUGUUGUAGAAAUUAUAACAUUGAGUUAUAUGUAAGCAGAGUGAGAAGGUGGGAAAUGUAGGUUAAACUUGUAUGCAAAAUGAGGUGCUAAUAAUAAGUUGUCAUAUAUUAGAAAUCGCAAGAGUAAAAGACUUGUGGCUGGGAAGCACACGCGACUACAAUGAGGCCUAAAUCUGACAUUUUACUGACAUAUUUAUUACUUUGUCAGGCACAAAUCAAAAUGUUCCAACAACAAAAAUAAAAUUAUCUGAAAAUAUUUCCAGCUCAGAUUAUCUUCAAUCAGUCAUAGCAAUCCCACUGCUGAUAACACAAUCAUGUCUUAAGUUAUUAAAUAGUUAAGAAAAAUAUUCUGAAUGUAAACUCUGAAAGUCCUGUCAAAGUCACCAUUUAUUGUAACCAGUAGUGAGUAAACAUUUCACAAUCGCAGAAAUUGUCUCCUCGAAGCCACGGCAUUGUUGUGAUGAAAUAAAGAUUGAUUAAUAUCUUUCGUGCUGUCCUGAAGCAAGUUUCAGAUGAUGUUCAUUAACAGCUGAUUAGAAAAUCAGGUAGUAACCCUACAUUUGAAUGGUUCCACGUCUUGCUAAUA